CCGAAAUUACUUAUACAAAUUCUAUAGGUGAACGUACCGGAAUUCGCUCAAAUAAAAGAACGCCUCGUCGGGUUCUGCGACCUCAGAGCCAGAGGUCCACGUACAGGCGAAAUUACGCGUUUCGUGCCUCAAAACAACGAAUUAACACUCGACAUAAUACGCGCCAAUUGGGCGAAUUACGCGGAUGUUGCGAAAUGGCGCUGGGAUACAUAUUCGUUAUGUAACGGAACGAGUGGGGCUUUUAUUAUAAAUUAUUAGUAGAUCGAUGACAAAAUCAAAAAUACAGUCAACGUUUCGGCUAACCAUGAGUAAACAAGUUUUCGCUGUUUUGCUAAUAGUUUCCUCAGCAAAAAUGGAAUUGCCGUUGCUCAAAAAAGUUCAAAAACCACCGAAUUGCGCACUGUACACAGCUCAGCUGUCAAGCCUGCUUAAUUUAAUGUGCAAUAACGUGGCACUAAACGCCGAAGAUGAUGUUGUCAGAGACGCCUGUAUUGGUUGUUUCCAACAAGCAUCGACUGCCAAUAAUAAUCAACCGUCAUUAACAGAUCUGCGUGAUUGUGCAGAAAAUUAUUUGAGCGACACGAGAUACGAGGAAUGUUCCGCUCAAAUAGACACGAAUCCAGGAAGUGGACCAUGCGUUACAGGUUACUGCAGGUUCGUAAGUUGUAUCAGAAGAAUAAACUCGGACUUAUUGAUAGCCCAGUGCUACGAACAGGCUUCUGCUGAUAACGAUGCAAUUUUCGAAGAGGACCAAAUCACCUUAGUAAAAAACGUGACGUCUUGUAUUCUAGCCAGAGCAAGGUGUGCGUCCAUCAAUCCGAUAACUGGUGAACGACAGACGAGUAGUUUAACCACAACCACGUACGACAAAUGGGGAAAACCAAAAACCACUACUGUGUCUUUGUAUAAUUCCCUCCAAAUCACUCCAGAGGGAAAUCUGCGUAUUAUUCGCCUUCCUGGAACAACAAACAUCCAAAAUUAUUUCUGUACAGCUCAGCCGAAUUUACGAGAAUCAUCCUGGUUGGAAUAUUCCUGUUAACAAAGAAAAACAACCUGUUUUCGAUAUUACGAUAAUUAUAAAUAAAUUACACAAA